AUGCACACACCACACAUCAACCGAUUCUUCGCAAUCAAAUUGGCCCUUUUAGCUUUGUUGGUUGCCCUUCUCUUCGCAUCCACACAUUUCACACCAACCGAAGCUAAAUUUAAAAAGUUGAAGAAAUUCGCAAAGAAAGCCUUCAAAGUGGCCAAAUUCGUCGCUCCAAUGGUCAUUCCAGGAGGACAAGCAGCCAUGGCAGCCAAGUUCGCCAAAUUCAAAUCCACCAUUGACAAGUUCAAAAAAGUCAAAGCAGUGGUCGACAAGGUCAAGAAAGUUCGCGAUACAGUGAAAAAAUUCAAAAACUUGAAGCAAAACUUUGUCGGAAAUCUCAAAGGUAAACUCAAAGGUAAACUCAAGGGACUCGCCGGUAAAUGGGUCAACAAACUUGGUGGUAAAUUUGGAGGUAAAUUUGCUGGUAAAUUGGGAAAUCUCAAGAACAAGUUCAACAAGUUUAAAGGAAAAUUCGAUAAGAUCAAAGGAAAGGUUAGAAACAUUCGAGACAAGUUCAACAAGGUUCGAGACAAGUUCAAUAACAUUCGAGACAAAGUGAGAGGAGUCAUGGGUGAAAAUGGUGGUGAUGAGAACAAUGAAGUCGGAGGAGGAGAACAGCCUCAACCACAAGAACCUCAACUACAAGAGCCUCAACCACAACAACAAGGUGGUGGCGAUGCAACCUCUGGACCUGUUGUUGAUCAAGCACAACAAGCACAACCUGAACAACCACAACAACAAACCUCUGAACAAGUGGCAGAGCAAAAUGCUUGGGGAGGAAAUGUUGGUCCAGCUGCUCAACAGCAAGAACAACAAACUCAACAACAACAACAACAGAUUCAACAGCAACCACAAGGUGGUGGUGAUGGUUCUUCUUUCCAACAACAAGCUCCUCAACAACAAGGAGGAUCUUCUUAUUCUCAACAACAAGGAAGUGCUUCUUUCCAACAACAACAACAACAAGCUACUUCUUCUUCGAAUGGAGGAUCUUAUGAACCACAACAACAACAACAACAACAGGUUGCUCAAAAUGGUGAAUCUCAACAAGUAGGAGGAGGAGCAUCCAAUGUUGCUGUCGGUGGUGGUAGUGCUUAUAAUGUUUCUGGUGGUGGUGCUGUUUCUGGUAAUGGUGGUAAUGGUGGUACUUAUAUGAGAUCCUAUCGAAGAGGUGGAAGAAGAGGAAUCUAUUUGAAGGUCAACGUGAAUGUGAAUGGAGUGAAAAAAAGUGCUUAA